GGUGAGAUCAUUGCGGAAACAGAGCGGAGGACCGAAUCCAGUCACCUGAUUCCAGUUCAGUGCUUUUGCCAUUGUUCUACAGGGCAUUCAUCGGAGGGAAGACAUUUUUCCUCAGCUGACACUAGCACUGCAGUUUGCUGGCCCUUGUGUCCACUGAUCAUUCUAAGAACGAGCUGUCCAAGAUUCAACAAUGUCUCACCCAUCUUGGCUGCCACCAAAAAGUACUGCUGAGCCUCUUGGCCAUGUGUCUGCACGGAUGGAGACCACCCAUUCCUUUGGGACCCCCAGCAUUUCAGUGUCCACACAGCAACCACCCAAGAAGUUUGCCCCAGUUGUUGCGCCAAAGCCCAAGUACAAUCCAUACAAGCAACCUGGUGGUGAAGGUGAUUUUCUUCCACCCCCACCUCCACCUCUGGAUGAUUCCAGUGUUCUUCCAUCAGGCUCUGGAAACUUCCCUCCUCCCCCGCCCCUUGAUGAUGGUGCUUUCAGGGGACAGGGAAAUCCUGGAGGCAAGACCCUUGAGGAGAGACGCUCCAGCCUGGAUGCUGAGAUUGACUCACUGACUAGCAUCUUGGCUGACCUGGAGUGCAGCUCCCCCUACAAGCCUCGGCCCCCGCAGGGUACUACUAGUUCAACAGCUUCUCCUCCAGUCUCCACCCCUGUCACAGGACAUAAGAGAAUGGUCAUACCAAACCAACCCCCUCUGACAGCAACUAAGAAGUCUACACUGAAGCCACAGCCUGCACCCCAGGCUGGACCAAUCCCUGUGGCUCCAAUUGGAACACUAAAACCCCAGCCUCAGCCUGUCCCAGCUUCUUACACUACAGCAUCCACCCCUUCAAGACCUACCUUCAAUGUGCAGGUGAAGUCAGCCCAGCCCAGCUCCCAUUACAUGGCUGCUCCUUCACCAGGACAGUUUUAUGGUUCAGGGCCAGGGGCCCAAGGUUAUAACACUCAACCAGUUCCUAUCUCUGGGCAAGGUCCACCUCCUUCUACACGGGGAGGCAUGGAUUAUGCAUAUGUUCCACCACCAGGACUUCACCCUGAGCCUGGCUAUGGGUAUGCUCCCAACCAAGGACGCUAUUAUGAACCCUAUUGUGCAGUGGGGCCUGGCUAUGGGGGCAAAAAUGACUCUGAUCCUUCCUAUGGUCAACAAGGCCAUCCAAAUACCUGGAAGCGGGAACAAGGGUAUACUCCUUCUGGCCCUGGGAACCAGAACCCUGCUGGGAUGUAUCCAGUUGCUGGUCCCAAGAAGACCUAUAUCACAGAUCCUGUUCCAGCCCCCUGUGUACCACCACUGCAACCAAAGGGUGGACCAACAGGGUCCAUGGGACCUCCAGCUGCACCCUCCUCAUUCCGCCCUGAAGAUGAGCUCGAGCACCUGACCAAGAAGAUGCUGUAUGACAUGGAAAAUCCACCCGCUGAUGAAUACUUUGGCCGCUGUGCUCGCUGUGGCGAAAACGUAGUUGGGGAAGGGACUGGAUGCACUGCCAUGGAUCAGGUCUUCCACGUGGAUUGUUUCACCUGCAUCAUCUGUAACAACAAGCUCCGAGGGCAGCCCUUCUACGCGGUGGAGAAGAAAGCCUACUGCGAGCCCUGCUACAUUAAUACCCUGGAGCAAUGCAGCGUUUGCUCCAAGCCCAUCAUGGAGCGGAUUCUCCGAGCCACAGGGAAGGCUUAUCAUCCUCACUGCUUUACCUGUGUGAUGUGCCACCGCAGCCUGGAUGGGAUCCCAUUCACCGUGGACGCUGGUGGCCUCAUCCACUGCAUUGAGGACUUCCACAAGAAAUUUGCUCCCCGCUGUUCUGUGUGCAAGGAGCCUAUCAUGCCUGCCCCUGGCCAGGAGGAGACUGUCCGGAUUGUGGCUCUGGACCGUGAUUUCCAUGUUCACUGCUACCGGUGUGAGGAUUGUGGUGGUCUCCUGUCUGAAGGAGAUAACCAAGGCUGCUACCCGCUAGAUGGACACAUCCUCUGCAAGACCUGCAACUCUGCCCGCAUCAGGGUGUUGACCGCCAAGGCCAGCACCGACCUUUAAAUCCAGUCGCCUGUUUAGCGGUUAGUUGGUGGCUCCGAGAAGGAUGAAACACAAGAAAAAUAUGAGAAGAGAAAUAGGAAAAGAGAGGAAAGGCAUUCAAGCUAUGGGAUGGCCUCUACUUCAUCCACUAUUAACCUUUCUUUAGAAACACCUAGAAUAUGAGAUUUUUUUUUCAAGUUCUUACAGUACACAUUUCACAGUUAAUCAUGUAGAACCUUGAUAGGCCUUUGUUCCCAAGGACUUGCACAUUUUUGCACGGAUUAUGCUCCAUCCCAUUCACUUCUGCAUUCCUUUAACUUUUAAUCCCUAUGUUUGUCUCACUUUUCAUCUGGUUGAAUGGCUUUUUUUUAGUGUGGUAUUUGCUGUCACACAGUUUUUCCUGGGGAAGUCUGCCAAUUCCCAGGUGCUUUUCAGCUUGAAGGCUCCAUGCUAUCACUUCCACACUGGCAGCAAUCAUAAAAGAUAGUCAUUCAUUUUCUGUGUAUUGAAAAAAAUUGUCUUUUAUUGCU